AUGCAAGCGUCAUUCGAUUUCUCGCACUGUCGCGCGUACUGGAUAUAUUAUGUCCAAACUUAUCUUUUGCGCUCGUCACAAUUGGACGCGCGUUGGUUUGCAGGCUCCAUCAAACAGCGCCUGCUUGCAGUCUACAUUCGUUACGCCUUAGCGACCAAGGGUGGCUGCGACAAGCACAAGCUUGCAAGCUUCAGCACGCUGCUCGCAUCACUAACGCCGGACGAUUUCUCUGGGGCUGUGCAACCCGUAUUGGAGAAGCUUCAGAAAAAGAACCCCGACAGCAUUUUGCUGGCUGUGGCGUCGCUGGUGAAACACGUGCGCAUCGACCUGAGCACUCAUGUCGGAAUUUUUCUUCCACCGCUGCUCAGACAGCUCCGCUCGUCGAAGGAGGACGUGCGUCGGAUCGCAGUGGAGUUGAUGGGCGAUUUCGCAAAGCGCUGUGGCGACCCAGAGGCGCUUCAACUCAUGGUGCUUGAACUCAGCGGUGUCCUAGCCGGGAAAUCUGGGGUGAUGGCUCAAUGGUAUCAGCGGCACUCCGUCUUCUUGGCGUUAGAAGGAGUGCGUGGAGGUGUCGUGUCGAGCGAGAUGCCCAUGUCACGUGCCACGGAGCUUGCACUCGGUGCUGUGGAUGGGCUCUUGCCUGCGGUGGAGAAAGAAUCGCAUGAAGACACGCGGGCGGUUGGGGUCGGUUGCUUGACACGCUGGGCUCUGCUGCUCGACACCAUCCCACCGAAAAUUCUCGCGUCUUUGAAGAAUGGACUGGGGUCUGCUGCUCGCCACACAGCAACCAUCUUCGCUGCGGCCGCAUGUGAACUGAGUGGGUGUCCGAGGCUUCGCGCUCAGCUCUUAUCACUGAUGCCUGAUCUGCUCGCUCGCGUCGAGCUUGGCUCGAAGAAGCCGAACGCGUUCCACCCCGACGCUAUUUACAGCGCCAAGGUGGUUCUAGAGGUCUCGGCUGCGCAUCAAGAUUGGGUGGAGAGGAUCAACGAGGCGUUUCCAUGGCAUGCCCUUAUGGAUCAGGGUUCGUUUUUGUUCCCUGCAGGUGUAUUGGCUCCGCCAUUCGCGGACGUGUCCCUGACUGGAGAUGCUGCCGGGCCGCUGGCGCCCCAUGUUUGUGUUGCGUUGUGCCACGUGCUUUCGCUAGCGUCGAAGCUCGUCGGUGGGCAGUCGCAGCGUGAUGUACAGCCGUUUUCCGAGGCGGCAUCCUUGGCAGUUGUGCAAUGCCUGGUGCUACCAAAUCAGGAAGUACGACGGGUCGCCACAGAAACAGCUGUGACUGUUUGCAACCUGGUGGGUGGGUCCCAGGCAACCCUUCUGAAGUCAUGCCAACAGGUCAUCACUACACACGCAGCGGCAGCGGCAACCGCGAAAAUCGUCAAAACCCUUCCGUCUUCAAGUAAGGAGGACGCGAAGCCAGUGCUUCCUCCCGCAAACCGCUUCGCGGCGGCCCUUUGUUGCAUCCUGGGAAGUUCUGCCCCCAGCGGCGUGCUCGCGAUAGCGCUUCUGCUGUCUCACCACCCGUUGGUGUGCCACUCAGCGAAAGGUGCCAUAUCGCUGUGGGGAGGGAUAUUGAGGCGGGCAUUCGGCGGUGUGGGAGGCAUGGAAUCAUGUUUGGAAGAUAGCGCCGUUGCGGCGAGCGUCGCUUCCGACCUAGUAAGCGCAAUGCAAGGGGACGCCAUGUACGACAGGUUGUCCGCCCAGUGGGCUCUUGCCUCUCUAGGAACCACUUGUGGCGCCGGCGGAUCGCAAAUCGUAGCGGAUCGCUUGUUCCCAGCUCUACUGACUGUUCUGGAAGAUGGCGAGUUGAGAACACUCUCCACCACGGACGUGAACAUUUUUUUCACCCCAGCCAAUGUGGCGUACGCGUUGCCUGCGUCUCAAAAGAAGCCGGUUGCGACUGCCAGCAAGAAUGCAAUCCGGCGAGGAAUGGAUGCAGAAGAAGCCGAGUGGGAAGAGCGUGUGAGGGCAGAAAUCGUAUCAAAGGACAGGAAGAAGGGCCAGUCCGGCGGCUCGAUAAGCGGGAAGGGCCCCAUGGAAAGAGCUGAGGCGGAAGCGUUGGCUCAAGUGCUUCAAGAGGAGGGCGCUAUCCGCGAUAGGGUCCGGCGAAUUCGUGACCGUGCUCAGGCAUCGCUGGUGGGAUUAAAACUCGGUUUCCGCGCAUGCCCUGAUCUGGGGUUUGGGUGUAUCCCUCUCGCCCUACCCGUUUUGGUUCCCUUGAUGGGAUGGAAACUGCUCGAGCAAGAGGCCCAAGACUGCGUCGAAGCCCUCGCGUCGACUGCAUCAAACGAGCUUCCUGGUUGCUCGUCCUUGAUCGCAUCUUCUCUUCGGGCAGUGCAGCUAUUCCCUGGCGCGGCUGGCCGUUUCGCAGUGCUGAAUGCGUGCUUAGACUCAAUCGAGCAGGCAUGCCUGUCGGGCGUGAACGGUGAGACACCUUUGGCGCAACCCGCCCUAGCGCUCGUUUUUCCUGUUCUGCGAGAGGUGCUCAACAAUCCACCAUCUACAGCACAAUGCUCCAGGGCUCUCAAAGUUGUUUCCAUUCAUGCCAAUAUGGAGGGAGGUGCCGCGACCGGCAAGACGGUUCUCCGCGGCUUGCGCAUGUUCAUGAUCGAGGGAAUCCUGAACGUCGUGGACAGAUUCCCCCAGAUGGAGCCCACCCCGGACGCGGUUCUUGCGUCGAUUUGUACCGCUCCAGCACUGGACGCCAGCGAAUGGGGCCCGUUACUCGGGAGCGCCGGACUAUUGAGCGAGGCCCGCCAUGUUCGGCUGGCUUCACUCGAGUCUGUGAUGAUGAUGGUUCUAGAUGGACAAGCGCUGUCGGAUAACCCUUUGGUUGAGAGCCGCCUGUGGCUUUGCAGGUUUGAUGCGGACGAGGAUAAUGCAGAGCUGGCUGACGAAGUGUGGAAUGCCAGGGGGGCACCUCUUUCCUCGAGCUUUUCCGGUCCGCUCAUGGCGCUCCUGUCUGACAGCAAGGCGCAUGUGCGGGAAUCAACUGCUCGGGCGCUGGCAGGGGGAAUGUUACAGCACCCCACGUCAGGCUCGGCGUUUCUGAAACGCCUGUACGGCCUGUACAGUACUCACGCGCCACCACCUGCAGCGGAGAAAAGCGACUCGAAGCUCGACAUGGACAAGUUCUUCGCGGCGCCGAUGGGCGCCGAAACGAGCUCCGAAUCAAAAGUGGACGCCGGGUGGCCAGCCCGAGCAGGGGUGGCGGUGGCACUUAAGGCUAUCGGCGAAGCACGGGCGUUUGACGACGGGAGCAGUACUUCGGUUUACGAAGCGUUCGCCUUCCUCGUUGAGCACGGUAUCGCGGACUACAGCGCGCGCGUGAGGGGGCACAUGCUAGCCGCUGGUGUGGCAGUAAUAUCGACCUACGGGGGAGGAUGCGCUGUGCAAUUUUUGCGCCCAUGUGAAGCGGUGAUGGCGGAAAGCCCUCGCAAGAGCGAAGAUGCUCAGUGCAUGGACUGGAGGAGAGAAGGCGUGGUUGUUUUCAUGGGCUGCGCAGCAAAGCACCUUGACAAGGAAGAUCCUAAGGUGGUAUCGAUUGUGCAGACGCUCGUUGGGGCCCUUGCUACACCGUCAGAAGCUGUGCAGAUUGCUGUGUCGGAUUGUCUUGCACCGCUGAUGAAGAUUCCUGUCGUGAAAGAGCGCGGCCCCGAGCUUUUGAAGACACUACUUUCUCGUUGUGUGGGGGGGCGGUCGUAUGGCGAGAGAAGAGGUGCAGCUUUUGGAGUCGCCGCGGUGGUGAAGGGUCUGGGGAUCGCGACCAUCAAGAAGCACCAGGUUAUCAGCACUUUGGAGGCGGCUUGCAAGGGAUCAAGCUUUCAGGGCAAGCAGGGGGCCCUGUGCGCAUUCGAGUGCAUGUGCGUGCGUCUAGCGCUUCUGUUUGAACCGUAUGUGAUCGUGAUACUCCCGCACCUGCUCAAGUGCUUUGGUGAUUCGUCCAACUAUGUGCGCGAGGCCGCACACGACUGCGCUCGGGCGAUCAUGUCAAAGCUCUCUGCCCACGGCGUAAAGCUCAUCUUGCCGGCGAUUCUAAAGUCCUUGUCUGACCCGGCAUGGAGAACGAAGCAAGGGGCAAUCGAGCUUCUUGGCUCCAUGGCGUAUUGUGCGCCGCGGCAGCUUGCGGAUUCUCUCCCUUUGAUCGUGCCCAAGCUCACCGACGCCUUCGCUGACACUCACCCGAAGGUCCGGGAUUCUGGUCGCAAAGCCCUGGAAGACAUCGGAAGUGUGAUCAGAAACCCAGAGGUUGCAGGAUUAUCGAUGACCCUCAUGUCAGCCCUGUCCGACCCUUCCAAGUACACUAGGGGCGCGUUGGAGGCGUUGCUGGCUUGUGAGUUCAUGCACUCCAUAGACGCUCCUUCCCUCGCGCUCUUGGUGCCCGUGCUUCAGCGGGGUCUUAAGGAUCGGUCCGCAGACGUGAAGCGAAAAGCAGCACUCAUCACGGGUAACACCUGCACCAUGAUCUCGGAGGCGAAGGACUUGCUUCCAUACCUGUCCGCCAUUCUGCCUGGACUCAAAGCCACGUGCAUCGACCCCAUUCCGGACGUGCGGGCCACAGCCGCGAAGGCCUUGGCGGCCCUAGUGCGUGGCAUGGGCGAAGACAAGGUCGGAGAUGUGGUGCCGUGGCUGAUCGAGACGUUGAAAGCAGACAGUAGCUCCUCAGAGCGCAGCGGAGGUGCGCAAGCACUUUCCGAAGUGCUUGUAGUACUAGGAGUACCGCGCACGUCGUCUGUUUUGGGCGACCUCCUGCCCUUGGCUGCUCAUCCGAAGGGAUCUGUUCGGGAAGGGGUGCUGUGGGUCCUGUGUUUCCUUCCGGGGGCUAUGGGGAAGGAUUUCGCUCCCAUAAUUCCGUCGUCGUUGCCUGUGGUCCUCGCAGGCCUCAGUGACGAAGUUGAGGCUGUUCGAGAGGUUGCUCUUCGUUCUGGGCAAGUGUUGGUGUCCACGCAUGGCAAAACUCAUGCAGACCAGCUUCUCCCCGCGCUUGAGGACGGACUGUUCGACGAUAACUGGCGCAUCAGGCAGAGUUCAGUUCAGCUACUUGGUGACUUGCUCUAUUUGAUCGGCGACACCAAGGAGGUUGCUCUCGAUGAGGGUGCCGUAGAAGACGACGCACGUGGUAGUACGCGAGCGGGUGAAGCUAUCGAGGAGGCCCUUGGCCUUGAUCGACGCAACAGCAUUCUGGCUUCGUUGUACCUCAUCAGGUCCGACACGAGCGCCGUCGUUCGGCAAAGUGCGUUGCAAGUGUGGAAGACGGUCGUGCCCAACACUCCCAAGGCGCUGCGGGAGAUUUUACCCCUUCUCAUCAACCAGAUCGUAACGGCCCUUGCCAGUGGAAAUCCGGACAAGCGAACCGUUGCUGGACGCGCUUUGGGGGACAUUGUGAAAAAGCUUGGAGAUCAGGUUUUGCCAGAGGUCGUACCGUUUCUCCGGGAAGGGCUGGAGGCUGGCAAUGAGAACAUGCGGCAGGGUGUAUGUCUUGGACUGGCGGAGAUCAUGGACUGCGCUACGCCACGCCAGGUGGAAGAGUUUAUCGACACGCUAGUGCCAGCUAUCCAAGAUGCGCUGUGCGAUCCAAGUGCUGAAGUGCGCGAGCAGUCGGCACAGGCGUUCCACAGCCUUUACAAGGCUGUUGGCGUUCGUUCCAUUGAACACGUCGUGCCUUCUCUGCUGAAGGAACUCGGUCAAGAGGGCGACAGCGAGCGCGCAUCCAGUGGAAGGGAGAGGGCGGUGUUUGGGCUAAAGGAAGUGUUACAGCUCCGUCCUCGGGAUCUGCUUCCGUACCUCAUCCCCAAACUGGUUUCGUUGCCUAUUCCAAUCGCGCACGCUCGUGCCCUGGGCGCGGUGGCAGAAGUGACUGGCGGGUCCAUCCAUUCACAUCUUGCCGUCAUUAUUCCGGCUCUUGUGUCAGAACUAGCCCGUACGGAUGGAUCGGUGGACCUCACGGACGGCUCAGGCGCCAUGGAACGCCGCGAGGCACUCAAGCAAGCGGCCUCGACGUUGGUCUCGACGGUGGAGAACGUUGGAGUCAACUGGCUUUGCAACGAGAUGACUCGGCUGAUGUCUAGCAAGGAACCGCAACAGCGAAAGUGGUCAGCUUGGCUGGUGGAACAAUUUUUGCGCGGGACAGAGGCGGAGUUUGAGGGGAGAAUCCCUCAGCUACUCAAGGAGCUGCUACAGCGCCUUGUCGAUGCAGAACAGGCCGUCCUUUCGGCUGUCUGGUCGGCCCUGAAAGCUCUGAACGCGAGGGUGUCCGCGGAAGAGCUGGUGCCACAUUUGACCUUUGCGCGCAGCAUCAUUGCUUCGAUUGUGAGUGAUGCGCGUCACAGGAGAGGGGGUGGUGGCGCGGGUUCCGAAUUUUACCUGCCAGGAGUCAACAUUCCGAAGGGUUUGGAGCCGCUAUUGCCCAUGUAUCAGCAGGGGCUGAUGUACGGCAGCCCCGAAGUGCGAGAGGCAGCAGCGGCAGGAAUUGGAGAACUCGUCGACGUCACUUCCUUGAAGUAUCUGCAGCCGUUCCUGAUCAAGAUCACAGGGCCGCUGAUUCGCAUCGUAGGUGAUCGGUUCCCGCCUGGGGUCAAAGCGGCCAUUCUACAAACCCUCGGCUUGCUGCUUCGCAAAGGUGGCGCUAGCCUCAAGCCAUUUGUCCCUCAGCUCCAAACCACCUUCGUUAAGGCGCUUGGGGACUCAAGCAGAGUCGUGAGGAAACAAGGGCGGGGUGCUCUGGGUCAGCUCAUGGGAUUGACUACUCGUGUCGAUCCUCUAAUUUCCGACUUGGCGUCGGGGGCGUCGUCUGCAGCUGAGGCAGCCAUCAAGGAAACGAUGCUUGAAGCGCUGGUAGAGGUUUUGGAACUUGCAGGCUCCAAAGCGUCUCCAGGUACCAUCGAGCACGCCAUCCAAGCUCUCGAGUUAAUGCAGGACGAGAAGGACGAGACCGUACGAGGAGCCGCUGUGAGGGGCCUAGGUUUGGCAAACAAGCUUGCGCAGAGAUGAACCAUCGCGAAGAUGACCGCGAUUUGGUGGCCUAUCUGUCUGAGGUUACGCUGUGGCGUGUCGAGAGGGCAUCGCAUUGCAGCAAAUUGGAACAAAUAAUCCUGGGAGCGAGUCGUUUGUUCACUGUUCUUGCGUAGGGAGGUAAAUGAUGGGCCAUUGGCUGGGUAAGAAGUGCCCAAACAAAAUCCCGACGCGGCGGACAACCGUGGCAGAUUGUUUAACAUAAUUCAAGUGCGGACAACGGUGGCCACCAGCCCUUCUCAAGGCACACACUUUUUAC